AUGUCCGCCGACUUGGAUCUAAACGUCACCUCAUCUGAAGUAUUCCUCUACAUCUACGACAUGUCCAAAGGGAUGGCCAAAGCGUUUUCGCAGAUGUUUUUAGGUAAAGAGCUUCCGGGCAUUUGGCACACGAGUGUCAUCGCCUACGAGAGGGAGUACUUCUUCGGCUCGUGUGGUAUUCAGAGCUGUAAUGCGGGUGAGACCAUUCUCGGCGAACCGGAUCAGAUGCUAAAGCUGGGCAAAUGUCAGUUGCCUUACAGCCUAUUCCUCGAGUACUUGUCCUCUUUGGGAGACUCGACCUUCGCACCCGGAACCUAUAACUUAAUGGAACACAACUGCAAUAACUUUAGUAACGAAUUGUCUCUAUUCCUCACCGGAAGACCUGUCCCUCAAGAGAUCCUUGACUUACCAUCAGAAGUGCUCAAUACGUGA